AUGCAAGCCAGCGCAACCCCAACGCCCAUCAGCAAAAGCCUCAAGGAGCAGUUCAAAAGCGCAAGAGUCAUGCAGAAUGGGCCGGGCCCCUCCACGCCGCUGUCAACACAAGGCGCAGAGCGGGGAGAUCCCAUGAGGGGCGUGACGGACUCCAGGCGGAAGCUGCAGGAGAUGGUCAAUACACCCGGCAGGCAAAGCGCGCGGCCCAGGACGCCUGGUUUGGCGCCGCGCGCGGCCGAGCGUGACCCGGUGCGCCAGCGGCUCGACAACUCCUUUGACAGGGUGGCGCCGGCCAAGGUUGGCACCGCCGCACCCCAUGACUCACGCCACAGAUCAACGGAGCAGCAGCGCGAAAUAGACCUCCACCGCAGCGUCGGAAAGGACCCUUCCACCAGCGGCAGAGUCCACCCAGAUCAGCUGCAGGUCAGCGGCACCGGCAUUAGACAAGCCGCCAGGCCCGAUGUCAGUAGCCGAGUCGGGGUCAGGUGGGCGGAGGCAGAACUGCGCAGGCCCUCCAGCAGCCCUGACUUGGCCCAUCCCCAGCUGCAGCACGGCGGCAGGCUACACGGGGGCAGCGCAGCACUGCAUGGGUCUCUGGACCUCGGCCCGCGGGAGGUCAGGAGCAGCGAGGUGUCCGUGCACGCCCUGCUGGGGCAGCGGGGCUUGCAGCGCUCUCCAGAGCCGCGGGAGAGGCGGACAGCGGUUGUGGACUCGCCGACACAGGCGGUGCUGGAGCGGCACAUGCAUCGGCGCGGUUCCCCCCGCCGGCCGUCGCGGCUGCGGCUGGAGGACCCCCCAGUGUCCCCCAAUGGCGGGCCCCCCCGCAGGGGGAGGUCCCAGUCGCCCCGCAAGAAGCCUGUUCUGGCGCAGCUGGAUGUGGAGAACCUGGAGCACGGUGUUGGGCCGGAUGGCUUUCCAGAGACACCUAAUCGCGCGGCGCUCGGAGAUGUGACACCUUCUCGCAACUGGCAGGUCAACGACAGCCCAAAGCCCGGCAGGAAGUUUGGGGAUGGCCCAUCUGAGGGUGGGCGCAGCAUCAAAGAGCGCAUUGACAGGGAUGCUGAGGCAGCCCAGCAUGCUGAGCAGAUCCAGAGGCUUCAAGGCGAGCUGGAAAGGGCCAUGGCAGAAAAGGAAGCGCUGAAGGAGCAGAUGGCUGAAGUCAGGCAGGCCGCCGAGAACAGGGUGAAGAUCCACAAGGGCGACGCAGAUAAACAGCGCAGUGCUCUUGCCAACGAAAGGAGCAUGCUUGAGAGCCAGAAAAAGGUGAAUGAGGGUCUGCUCAAGGAGCUGAAGGGUCAGAAAUCCAUCAACAAGGACCUGAGCCUGGCAAAAGCCGAGGCCAAAGCUGCCAAGAAGGACGCUGAGCAGUGGCAGUAUGUUGUCACAAAGCUGCAGCUCUCAAAGUCCGAGCUUGAGGCCAAGUUUGAGGCAAAGUCCAAGGAUGCAGCACGCUGGGAGGAGACCAGCCGCGCCUUUGAGGACCAGUUGAACGGCCUCUUCAUUGAGCGGCAGAAGGAUUCGGAGUUGCUCAAGCACGCACAAAGGGAGCUGGCCAGCAAGCAGCAGAUGCUCCACCAGGUGCAGGAGCACCUGACACAGGAGACGGCUGCUGUGACCACGCUGCAGGCGCGCUCGGUCGCCCUGGAGUCCCAGCUCAGGGACACCCAGGACAAGAAUCUGUCCCUGCAAUCGCUUCUGCAGGAGAGGGAGGUGGAGGUGCGGCAGAUGCAGGGGCAGCUGGAGGGGCAGGAGGGGGUGCACGGCAGCGAGCUCCUGGACAUGCAGCGCAAGAUGCACGACAUCCAGCGCAAGUACAAGGCCAUGCAGAGCGCGCUGCAAGACAAGGACGGCCGGCUGGCCGCGGCGCAGCGGGCGCUGGCCGAUGACGAGUCGCGCAUGCUGGAGAUGGACUCUCUUCUGGCCAAGCAGAAGGCGGUCGUCGUGGAGGCGCAGACAGCGCUGCAGUCCAGGGAGGCAGCCAUGAACGAGCAGAGCGCCAAGCUGGCGGAAAGCCACGCCAAGAUCUCCAACCUUCAGGAUGAGGUGGCGGGCCUGGAGAGGCAGCUGGAGGGAACGCGCAGCGCCGGGACCAGGGAGAUGUCAAACCUGGAGGCGCGGCUGCAGCAGAACAGGGAGGCGCUGGAGUCAGAGCGCUCACAGACCGGCUUUCUGCGCCAGCAGCUGCAGAGCACCAGCGCCAGCCUGGAACUUGAGAAGCAGCGCGCAGCCCAGGCUCAGCAACAGAUCCAACAGGACCUGGACUCGGAGCGCAGGAAGCUGAGGAUGGUGCAGAGGCAGCUGCGCGAGGUGGAGGGCAGCUCCAGCGCAGCUGCCGUGAAGGUGGGCGAAGUCGCUGCCCUGCGCGAGACCAAUGCCGCUCUCACUGCUGACCUCAAGGCGCGGGAAGAGGAGCUAUCGCACAUGGAGGCAGAGGCACGGAGGGCUGCUGUGCUGGACGGCCACCUGCACAAGACAAACAGCCUCAUGAAAUCGCAGCAGGCGCAGCUGCGGGCACAUGAGGCCUCCCAGCAAAAAUUGGAGGCCAAGCUCGCCGCCGAGGCGGCCGCCCGCGAAGCGCAGUCAGACGAGCUCGGCGCCACUCUUGAGCGAUUGGAGACCCUCAAGGCGCAGGCAAAGUCUGCCGCCGACCGGGCGAGCGCGGCAGAGAGGGAUCUGCGUGCCGCGCGCAAGGCGGAGGCCGGCCGGGCAGCGGAGCUGCAGCAGCUGCAGAGCCGACUGGCAGAGCUGGAGAGGGACGCUGCCGCCCUGCCACAGCUGCAGCAGCGCAUCGAGAAUCUGGAGGACCAGGUUGCGGAGAGGAAGCAGCUGCAGGAAGCUGCCGAGCGGGAGGCGGACGCAGCUCGCGCAAGCAUGCACGCUCUGGAGCUGGAGGUCAACGCCAGCCGCCAGUCUGCGCGCCAUGACGUCAGCGAACACAGGUCUGCGGCCCGGCGGCUGGGAGAGGAACUGGCGCAGGCGCGCGCGGCCGUCGACGGCGCCGAGCGGCGGGCGGCCGACGCGCAAGCGAACGCGGCCGCCGCCGGGGAGGAGCUUGCCGCGGUCAGGGCGGCUAUGGAGCAAAUGCGCACCAAUGCCGCGUCCGACAGGGCGGAAAUUGAGCGGCUGACGGCGGCGCUGGCGGAGGCCGAGUGCAGCCACGCGGCCGUGGCGGAGCGGCACUUUGGCGAGCAGCAGGCGGCCGAUGCGCUGCAGGCUGAGCUGACGCGCACGACCGCCCGCGUGGCGUCCGCUCAGCGCGACGUGGCGGCCCAGCGCGCGGCCGCCGAAGCCCUGGAAGCUGAGCUGCAGGACGUCAAGGCGCAGCGCGACCACGCCACCGGGGCUCUGGACGCGCAUGUUGCUGCGGCGCAAGCGCUGGAGACAGAGCUGCUGCAGGCGCGCGAGGCGCACGUGGCCGAGCGCGAGGCAGCCGCCGCGCAGCUGGCGGCCCAGCUGGAAGCUGCACAGCGCCCCAGCCAGCAGCUGGAGGAGCAGCGGCAGGCGCUGCAAACUGCUCAGAACAAAGUAGCCCAAUUGGAGCGGGAUGUGCAGGAUUUGCAAGGAAAGGAGGAAGAGCUUGAACGGGCGCAGGCGGCCGCUGCCGCUGCCAGGCAGGAGGUUGAGCGGCUCAGAGCUGCCGAGAAGCAGGCUCAGCAGCUGGAGGCGGACGUAAGGACCCUCAAGGCACAGCUUGCUUCCGCAAUAGAGGAGGUGCAGGCGCUCAAGACGGCUCAGGAGGGCGCCGAGGUGGCGGAUGCUGAUGUGGCGCUGAUUCGAGCGCGGGUGUCUGAGCUGGAGGGCGAGGUGCGCCAGCUGCGGCCGGCGGGCAUCCGCGCGCGGGAGCUCGAGGAUCGUGUUGCGGACCGCGACCAGCGGCUCGAGAAGCUGCGGGCCGAGGUGAGCGAGCUCCGGCCGCUGAAGGCCAACAGCACGCGCAUGGCAGGCAUCGAGGCAGAGCUGGCAGAGAAGCAGCGCCAGGUCAAGGACCUGCAGGAGCAGCUGGCUGCCGCCAAAGCGCGCUCGCGCGUGGCACCUGCCUCUGCGGCUUCUAGAGAGGAGCCUCGCACAGCUGCCAGGGCGGCCACUGAAUCCCCACAGGUUUCUGACGCAGAGGUGUCUACGCUGCGAGCGGAGGUUGCUGAGCUGGAGGACAGGCUGGCGGAGAGGGAUGCUGAGGUGGAGCGGCUGCGCGCUGACCUGGAGGGCGCCCUGCGCGAGGAGAUUGCCGACUCGGACCCUGCCCGCCUGCGCCAGGCGCAGCAGCGCGUCGCUGACCUGGACGCUGACCUGGCGGCCAAACAGGACGAGCUGAGGGAGCUGAAAAAUACUGUGUCAGCCGAGCGGAGUGCGGCAACGAAGGCCGCUGCGCAGCAGAGGAAGUCCUCUGAGGAGCUGCUUGCCAAGAAGGAGGAGAGGAUCCUGGAGAUGUCUCGGCGCUACGAGGGGCUGCAGAGGGAGGCGGACGCGUCUGCAGAGGCGCUCCUGCGCAGUCAGGCGGAUGUGCGGCGGCUGGAGGGCGACUGCAAGGAACUCACCCGGAAGCUGGCUGACGCCCAGGCUGAAAUUGCGCGCCUCAGCACCACACUCAAGACCACCAAGGAUCAGGCGGAAGCUGAUAGGCAGGCGCACGCGAAGGAGAAGCGGCGCAGGCAGGCUCAGGCGGACGAGCAGUGCGCCAGCCUGGAGGCCAAGCUGGCGGCCAGGAAGAGCCAGGUGGCAGAGCUGCGCGCCGACCUCCAGAAGGCCCAGGAAGAGGUGGCGGCGAGGGAGGCGGCCGUGAGGAAGGCGGAGGCCAAGUGCGCCGCGGCCGAGCAGAGCCUGAAGGAGGAGCGCGGCAAGGAGGGAAGCUUCCACCAGUACCAGCAGGAGAUCAAGCACCUGAGGGCGGAGGUGAGGACAAAGGAGCAGGCACUGGCGGAUUACUCGCGCCAGCUGGAGGCUGAGAGGGCCCAGGUGGAGGAGCUGGAGACCUCCCUCCUCAUGCAGGCGGUGGGAGAGGAGGAAGUUUCUCGAGCGAUGUCGGAAGCGAAGCACCUGCGCCUGGACCUGGCGGGGGCUGAGGAGCGCGAAAUGGCCUCGAGAAAAGCCCUCGUUGAGGCGCAGCGCGCGCUCGCGGCGUCCCAGGCCGAGGCCGGCCGGCUGCGCGCCGCCGCGGCCGGCGCCGAUGAGCGCCGGGGCGAACUGGAGGCUGAUCUUGAGAGGGCCAAGGCGGCGGUGCGGGCGGCAACAAAAGAGGGGGACAAGUGGAGCAAGGCAGCUAAGGACCGCGAUGCACGCGUGGCAACGCUUGUGCAGGAAAAGAACCGCCUGAGGGAUGAGUCAGAGCAGCGGCUCAGCGAGAUCCAAAGGGAGCUGAAGGCUGCCAAGGCGGAGAGGCAGCGGGUGAGGAUAGAAUUGGAGAGCAGAGAGGAAGAAGCGCUGAAGCUGAGGGCGCAGCUGGACCUCCAAAAGUCUGCUGAUGAUUCAUGGCUUGUAUCAGGAACCUUUGGGGACAUGGGGCAAUAA